AUCAACUAAACUAAACAGAGUCAGAAACACAUAAUUUGUGGUUUCUAAAAAAAAAAUUCCUUAUCGUUAUUCAGAAAUUUGGACAUAUUUUACCAAAAUAUUUUCUAAAAAUUUGGGGGUAGUCUCAAUUAAGACGAACAAGAAAAACUCUAAGCUUUACAGGAUUUUACACAUAUUACCAAAGAUGAAAGAUGUAGGAAGAUCAUUUCUCCCUUUUUACUCGCACAAAGAAGCCCUGUCCUCUCCUCUACUAUCGCCCCCGUUUGCUGAUCACACUUAUGAAAAAUUCAUAUUAACCAAAUUCAUCUCUUCUAGCUAGCUUCUGCAUCUCAAACAUGGGUAGCCAGCCCGAAUCUCCAUUGUUGCCACAACACCAUAAGAAACCCACGUCGUACGCCGCCGCCGGCGUCGUCUUCCCCAAACCCACCGAUCCUCCGCCUCCGCCAUCAACAACAUCCCUGCCACCUUCGCCGCCGGUUGAUAACGAUGAUUGUAACGACGUUAAACCAGAACCCGAGUUUGAUUGUUCACCCCGCUGUCUCCGUGUGACCACCGUUCUCGCCGUACUCCUGCUCAUCGGCAUUCCCAUCUAUUACGUGAUAGAAGACCAAUUGGCACCCUACUCACCCAAAGCCGACGUCGUUUCAGCCUUCGCCGUGUACCCGUACCGAGUCGAGGCUUCCGUUUAUCACCACGCCGACGGCGGUGAGGGCCCGGCCCGUGACCGGCACGUGCUGGCGUCGACUCAUCAGUUUGCUGGGUUGAGCGUCGACCCGAAGGUGGACGAUCUGACGUUUUUUAUUCAGUUGGGAGCGGAAGGAGCGGACGUCGGGGAGAAUGUGACGGCGGCCAUUUAUAGAGAUCUGGCCGAAUUGGAACAGAAUCGGCUGCGGUUCAGAGCUGUGAUUCUGGUUUGGGUGAGGAUCGAACCGUACAACUUCCGAAGCCGGUAUUAUUUGGCUCGAAUUAGUUGCGACCCGUUCUGGACCGGUUCGGCUAGUAUUGCGGGCAAGUCACUCGAUGAUAACAAGAAAUGCCAAGUCCACGUGAUUGAACAAAGCCAUCCGAGUUUCUUGGACCAAAAUCGAACAAGACUCAACACUACAACAAUAUAAAUUACUAGCGGGAAGUGAAGCUCUGAGUUGCGCAAGUGUUGUUUUUAGUACUACGUCUGAACUUUUGUAAAAGUAAAGCAAAUAUGGAGAUGAAUGUUGGUUUUAGAUUUGAUCUUAUAGUAAGGAGUUGAGGAUCUUAGAUGAAUCAUUUAUUUAGAGGUUUGUUUGGCAAGCAAGUAUUCUAAAUGGAUGUUGAGAUUAGAGAUGGCAAUUAGGAUCCAAAUUCAUGAAUCCAACCCAAUCCAUCCAUCAAAUUGUUCACCUAAUCCAAUCCAUUUAAAUCCAAUCAUUUGAUCCAAAUCUAAUUGGAUUGGUGGAUUCAUGGAUCAAUCCAUGGAUCCAAAUGAUAAAUUACGAUUUGAUACCUAUAUUUUCUAUAUUUUACAUUUUGGUACCUAAAAUUUAUAUUUUUAUACGAAAAAUAUCAUUGAAAAAUUACAUUUUGGUACCUAAAAAUUUUCAUUAUGACAUUUUAGUACCAAAACUUUUCAAAUUUUACAUUUUGAUCCAAGCCUUGGAUGUCAUUUGGAUUCAUGAAUCAAUCCACCAAUCCAUUUGAUCCAAUCCAUGAAUCCAAUCCAUUUAAUCCAUGGAUCCACCAAUCUAAUCCACGAAUCCGAUCCAAUUGCCACCUCUAUUCAGGAUACAUACUUUAUUUUCUUUUUCAUGUUUUGUACGAAUGUUUGGUAUUCAACCCCUCAUUUAAUAGAAUGCAUGAUAUAUACGGACAAACUUUGGCUUAAUCCAGAGAUUUAGAGAAAUUAUAAAUCAAAAAUUGAACAACAAUAUCACAUGAAUUAUUUCAGUCUCGCUUACAAAACGAAAAAAAAUAUUUUUUUUAUUAUGCUAUACAUACUUGUCCAAACAAAAUUAAUUAAAUUCUGGACUAUACAUAUUACAUAAUAUACAAGAAAAGGCAAACAAACUAUACAUAGACAACUCUUUAGAAGCACAAAUGCAGACGUCCAUUAUAUAUUAGUUUUCUUUAAUGGCAAUUGAUGGUGGAAUUAAUGGAAACAGUCGAGAGGAAUCAAUUGCAGUUCAUAAUUUUGGUUCUAUUUUAGAUGCGACUAAAAUUUUAUGACUUAUGUAGUCAGUAUUAUAUGGUAUUGUGACUCGUUCUAAAUUAUAUUAGAUCUUCCAUUAUUACAGGCAGAUAGUGCCUGAAAGAUGGGGAAAAAAUGGCAAUUAAGUCCAAUUGUAGGUAAAAUAUAUUAACUGGACGAAAGAGUAAAAUCUGCAAAAUCAUAUUACAAUCGACUUACAUAUAAUUAAUGGUUUAGAUGACACUUUUUUUUUUAUCAAAAUGUAUUAAGUUAACUAAAGGAAUGUAGUUAAGUAAAAGUAAUAACUUUUUUUUUAUCACAAUGUGUAGUGUGUUGGAUGUAAGGUUAAGUGUUAAGAGUAUAUUGCGUAGCCAAAAGCAAGAGAUCGUUUGGAAAGAGAUAAUAUGUCAAACAAAGAGUAAACUUAACUAUACCCGAGAAAGAAGAGCUAUUAGCACCGAAUCUCCAUUGUUGCCCCUACAAUCUACAUCACAAUGCGAAUUCGCUGCCCGCCACCGCCGUCGAUCCCACAACCACCGAUCCGCCGCCACCGUCCAUGCCAGCUGUUGACUACUACUACAACAAGAGCCGAGAUCCCACUUGAUAAUAUUUCCAUAUACACUUCUGCUAUGCUAUAUAGUAUUGAUGCUUUAAUGUACAAUUUAAAGUUGUACCAUAAUAUUAAACUUAUAAGUUUAGGUUGUACCAUAAAGCAAUUUGUACCAUUAUGUUAUGGUACAACUUUACAACUUGAAGUUGUACCACCAAAUAAAGGUACAAAUUCAAG